CUGAAAGGGUUUAUUGAAAUGUUUCUUUGCUUCGACUGGCUUUUGGACAUUCCGUUUCUUAUUGCCCAAUCACUGCAGCAGCAAAGUGGCAAGAUAGGAUGCUCCCUAAGAAUGCGAUAUAAGGAAAGAAUUCAGGCCUCGAGAAGUAACCUUAAGAAAAAGUGACUGGGCUGUGCACUGCCAGCUGAGACGGGAACAGUGAGAGCUGGAGGUGCGACUCAAAGUAGGGUUUCCUUCCUAGGCGCACGUAAGAACACCUAAAAGGGGCGGGGCUUUAGGGUUUCGCAGCCCCAGGAGGCGGGUUCCGAGGUGUCGGAUCUGGUGUGCGGCCCGCACUCCGCAUGCGCGUGCGCAUUGCGAACCUUCGCCGGUGCUGUUGUCUUCUCCAAGAUGGAAUUUCGCUCCGCGCAACAAUCAGUAAUGCAGCUGCUACGUACGGUGGCUCCGGCAGACCUCCCAGCGCUGCUCGAGUGGAUGAGAACUACCCGAGAUUUUGAUGAAUUCACUCAAGAUAAUAAUGACAUUAUGUUGAAACACAUAGCAGAGGACCUUCGGAAUUGCUUACCUCUAGAAACCAUGCUUUCUUCAGAAUAUCUAGCACUUCAAAAAAUACAGCAGCAGCCAGAACCCACAGUUCACGUUGAUGCAUUCCUUUAUGAUGAAGACUUUAUUGAUUCAUUAUGUGAGGAAGGAAAAAUGAGCAGAAACUACUGUCUGGUGUGUGGCUCACGCCAGAUUGCACCUUUAGGAUUUAUUUCUCAUUCCUUCUCCCUCAUGGAAUUGAAGUUCAUUUAUCAUCAUGUCCUCCCUGAUCUGUCGGGAAAGGUCUUGGUUGACGUUGGCUCCAGGCUUGGCACAGUCCUUUAUGGGGGUUAUCUUUAUAGUUCAGCACUGCAACUAUAUGGAGUAGAAUUGAAUGGAGAUUUUUGCCAGUUGCAGGAAAUGGUUAUAAAAAAAUACCAGUUCAUGGACAGAAUAAAGGUGCUUCAUGCAGACAUCUGUACCCAAGGUUCACUUCUGCAAAAUGCUGAUGUUAUUAUAAUGAAUAAUGUCUUCGAAUAUUUUCUUGAUGAGGCAGAACAGGCCAGAGCCUGGGAAUAUAUCAGCCAUAAUGUAAGGAAACAAGGAUCCUUAUUAGUAACAGUACCGAGCCUUGAAGAUUCUCUCUCAAGUCUUCAGAUUAAUAUACAGUUAUCUCCCUGGGUUGAAGAGAUACCAUUGAACUACGAUGUAUACCCAGAAAAGCAUACUGACAGAGAAGCUCUUGAACAAAUUCAUUUGUAUAAGAUUCUGUAACAUUAAAAUAGUCCUAUCUCAGUGUAA